UUUCGUUUUAUACUUUUUUCUUAUUUUAACAUAUAAAAUAUAUAAUUCAUCAUGUCAAUUAUGCAAUAUAAUGGUGGCUCUGUUGUAGCCAUGGUUGGAAAGGAUUGUGUUGCAAUUGCAGCAGAUAAACGUUUAGGUGCCCAGUUCAUGACAGUGUCAACUGAAUUUCAAAAAAUCUUUAGAGCAUCUGAAAAGACUUUCAUUGGCUUACCCGGUUUAGCUACUGAUGUGUUAACAUUAGCGGAUCGUUUUCGCUUCAAGACAAACAUGUACAAGAUGCGUGAAGAAAGAGAAAUGGAACCAAAAACUCUUGCUCAUAUGGUGUCUUCUACUUUAUAUGAAAGAAGAUUCGGCCCAUAUUUUGUUGAACCCGUUAUUGCUGGCUUAGGAAAAGACAAUAAGCCUUUUAUUUGUGCUAUGGAUUUAAUUGGAUGCAUUAAUUUUGCAAAAGAUUUUGUUGUUAGUGGUACUGCAUCAACUAAUUUAUACGGCAUGUGUGAAUCUCUUUGGGAGCCUGAUCUUGAACCUGAGGAUCUUUUUGAAACUAUUUCUCAAGCUUUAUUGAAUGCACAAGACAGAGAUGCUUUAUCAGGUUGGGGUGCGGUUGUUCAUGUCAUAACCCCAACUGAAAUCAUAACUCGUACACUCAAAUCACGCCAGGUAAAAGAGCAGAAAAAGUGAAAUUUAAAUAUAUCCUCUUACUGACAUGUUUGUAAUUCUUUCUUUUUUACUUUUAGGAUUAAUUUAAAACCUCUUCAUUUUUUUUUUUACAUGCUGGUAUAAUAUUAAUAAAAAUGUAUAAAAAAAAAGAAAACGAUAAACACAACA